AUGGCACUUCGAGCAAAUCAAUUACAAAAGGAUAUUCAUCAGACGCAAGUCUUUGCAACCCCCCGCAAUUCUAAUAAUAAAUGUCUAAAUGAUGAUAUUAAACGCUUUGAAUCACACCCUCACUAUCCAAAUUUAUUGAAAAUACUUGACCUUAGAGAUAAAUUAUACACCUUUGAAGAUGAGAAUGAAAUCUUAUUAUAUGCGGAAAUUAUAGUCAAGGAAGCUUCCAGUCUAUCGUUUGAUUUUGAUGAGCAGUUAGAUCUUGAAUUUUUUAUUCUUCUCUCUUCACUCGCACAGAACGUUGCUGACAUAUGCGAUCAGCAAGUAAAAACUGCAGAAGAUCUUUUAGAAAUUCAUUCCAAAUUAGUAGAAAAGACUGCCAUAUUAUACCAUGAAAAUAAAAGUAUCGCUCAUGAUAUGCGUACCGCUUCGAAAACAUUAAAAACUCCAAUAACAGUAGAAACCACGAAAAAAACACGCGAUCGAAUCGAUCCCGAAGCUACACUAUGGCUUAUCAAAUACCUACUUGAUAACGAUUUUGAAAAACCGAAUAAAAAAUACAGAUCAUUGCUUUCACAAUGGACAAAUAUUCCCGAAGAAGGCCUUGUUGGAUGGUACAAAAGAACAAAUCAUAAUUAUCUUAAAGAGAAAGUCGACCAAAAAACUCGCGAUGGAUUGAUUGAUCGUGCUCUUAAGUAUGGUCGGCAAAUAGGAAAAGUUCGAAUAACGAAACUUAACGGUAAUGCUUUUUUAAAUUCUACCGGUGCUGACAGGGAAGGAAGAAAUAGAGCCAAACAAGCUCGGUUAAAGGCGAAUAAUAGGAUUUAA